AUGCGUCGACUUCUUUGUGUGCAUGUACUCCUGUGCUGCCUCAGUAUGGCUCAACCCUUCUGUCCAUCCCAGUGUACCUGCGUCUUCCAUGGACGUACCGAUGGAGUCGGAACCAGAUCUGUGCUCUGCAAUGACCCAGACAUGUCUGACAUCCCCGUCAAUGUCCCUGUGGAUACUGUCAAACUUCGAAUUGAGAAAACUGCAGUACGGCGAAUCCCGACGGAGGCUUUUUACUACCUAGUGGACCUGCGAUACCUCUGGGUUACCUACAAUUCCGUAACCUCAGUGGAUACCGGUAGUUUCUACAACCUAAAAGUGCUCCAUGAGCUGCGGCUGGAUGGAAAUAUGAUCUCUAUAUUCCCUUGGGAGUCUCUCAAAGAGAUGCCUAGGCUGAGGACACUGGAUCUUCACAACAACAGACUCACUAAUGUUCCCACCGAGGCAAUCCCCUACCUCCUCAACAUUACCUACUUGGAUUUAUCCAGCAACAAAUUCACCACCCUGCCCUCUGAUCUCAUGGAUAUCUGGCCACCAUUUAAUGGACGACCUGUCUCUACUAACGCCUCUCAGAAAGUCGUGUUAGGCCUCCAGGACAACCCCUGGUUCUGUGACUGCAAAAUCUCCAAGCUGAUUGAGAUGUCCAAAAUGGCUGACACACCAGUGGUUUUGAUGGAUCUGUUCUUAACCUGCGCUGGACCAGACAAUCUGGCAGGUGUCCUUUUUCAGCGGGCUGAACUUGACAACUGCGUAAAACCAUCAGUGAUGACAUCUGCAACCAAGAUCACAUCUCCUUUGGGCAGUAAUGUUCUCCUGCGUUGUGACGCCACAGGGUUUCCAACACCAACUCUUUACUGGGCGAAGUCAGACGGCUCACCAGUCAACAACACAGUCCAGGAGUCACCUGGGGAUGGCAUCAGAUGGUCCAUCAUGAGCUUGCAUGGGAUAUUGUUCAAAGAUGCUGGAACCUAUAGUUGCAAAGCCAAGAAUGUUGCUGGCGAUGCAGAAGCUACCAUUUCUCUCUCAGUUGCUGGUACUAUCAGUACCACCAUCCCUCCACCAAGGCCUGACACCGGAACUGGGCCAACCAGCCUUGGCACAACAUUUAUUCCCCCAACAGACAUUCCCAACUCACCCUCCGUCAUGUCCACAGCCCUCCCAAGAACAUCGACAGUAUCUGCUGUCCCUAGGAAGCCAAAAACUACCCCCAGCAAUGGUUUACAGAAAGGCUCACUGAAGCAAACAAAAAGUCAACAAGGGGGCAAUGGGAGAAAGCUUGCAGCAGAUGAAAAGAGCAAGAAAAGUGAGAAAUCAAAGUCUGUUGAAGAUCUAAAGAUUGUAGAGGAAACGGCUGAUAGUGCAGUGUUGCUUUGGACUGCAGAUGGGUUACCAAAUGAUGCUCCACUUACAGUUGUAUAUUCCCCGUAUGGUGAGGAUGACACUAAGAGGACGGUGGAGACUAAUGCUGGCAGUGGAAAAGUGCUCCUAGAUGGACUGUCAUCUGGGAUGAGGUACUCAGUCUGCCUCAUCGCGAAAGGUAAUGCAGCUGGAAAAGACCCUUGCAUUGACUUCUACACAUUGGACAACGUAGACGAUGAUGGGCAGAACCGGUUUUUCAUGAUCAUCAGCGGCAUUGCCUGUGCUUUGGUUUUGCCUCUCAUUGUCCUGCUGCUUUACAAGAUCCUCGCUCUGUACUGUAAAGGACAUAACACUGCGUCGGAUGAAGAGGAGCUUGAAAAAGAGAGCUAUGUCAAGUUUGAGACAAUUACAAUGAAACAAAGGACUUUGAACACUCACCCAACUGAGCUUUGGGCAAGGAGACCAACUCAUGAAUCAGAGCGAAUGCUCCUGUGUUCCAGGUCAAGCAUCGACUCCCAGAUGACUUAUAAGAGUGACAGUUCCCGGUCUGAAUAUCUCUGCUGA